UAAAAGAGGAUUCAGAAUAUGAGCCAAAAUGUGCAGUUAAAAUUUUUUUUCAACAGACGCAUUGUGUUAGAUAUUCACCCCACACAUGACUAUUGGUGCAUAGACUCAACAAAAUAGGAUACUGUCAUUCUAUUUGCUUAUUUGCACUCAGAUAUUAGUGAGAUUUCCUACCUGUAGAAAGUGUAGUGAUUCAUCUACUGCUUGUAACCAUUUGUAAUAAAUAGCUUGAAUCAGCCUGAAUGACAGAGUGUAGAAAAGCGUAAAUUGUCAAAAAAAUGACGCAUCGUGAUUCUACGAAGUUUGUCAUUUAAAUAUUAAACACAUAGUCUUAAAAUACUUGUUUAAUAAGAGCUAAUUCAAUUAUAUCUCUUUAUUUACAUCUCGUUAAGAUCUCGUAAGGAUGUGAAAAUUUAUGUUUCUUUAUAAAUUUCUAAAAGUUGUAGCAAGUCGUGUGUGUCUAAAAUCAUAAUUGCAAUCGGUGAAAAAACGUGAAGUCUUAUAAGAAUGAACUUUAUACAAUAAUUAACGCUUAGGAACAGUCUCUUUGUUAUUAUUGUGCGUGUACAUUACAUAUAUGCUCUAUGAAAAAAUUAGCCCAAACAAACAUAUUGUGUCCAAAAUCAAGAUUUGUUCUCGAAAUCUUUGUAAUCAUCUCGUGCUCAUCUAGUUUUAAAAUCCACAAUUUGUGCCAGUAGUUGGCAUAUACAAUAGGACAAACAGAAUUUUCUAUCUAAAGCUAAUUCAAAAUAAAAACAAUGUCUCAAACAACUACUAUUGAAACUCUUACUAUAACCAGACCGCUUAAGUUCAACACAAUGAGAAGGUUUACGGGGCAAAAAUGUAAAAAUGAGGAGAGACUGGAUAGACAGAGAUACACAGUAGGAGGACCAAAAAAAGAGAAAAGAGACGAAAAGAGAAAGAUAAAGAAAGAGAGAGAGGGAAAUCAAAAAGAAAGAAAAGGCAAAGAAAGAAAGAAAAGAAGGCAGGAGAGCGCAGAGAUUGGUACUCGCGCGCAAUGCGCCGCGACCUUUAAUGGGCGCUGAUGGGCGCAGCCUCCCUGGAACCUGGAAUCCACAAUUGCUUCCUCCCAAUCCCAGCGGAGAGUGUGCGUUCCCGUUGGAGCAACGCGGUUUCCUCUCUCUUUCCCUCCUCGCCUCUCUAUCUCUUUCUCCCCUUGUUUUUCGUGCGUACAGUGCACGCGUGUUACAAUUUUAUUAUUAAAAUCCGUAUCUCCGUAUCUCGUCGGCGUCGACGCCAAUCGACACUGCCAUUGUGAGAGAUUGUCCGUCAUUCCGUCCGCUCCGGAAAAGGAAAAAAAAAAAAUAGCUCGCGCAAGGGUUGCCCUCGUCCGACAUGUAUCGCAGGCCAGCCGCGAUGAAAGCCGUUGACCCGCGCGCCCGUUAAUCAACCCUAUCUCUCUCUCUCCCCUCUCUACUAUGCGAAGUCACGAUCGUCGCGCGAAACCCUCGAAAUCAUCGUACGUUAUUUCGUGACCUGCAUCAUAUCGCGGUACUGUUCAGAGAGAUUCGGGAUCUCGGUUCUUUCUCGCCAGCCAGUACUUGGAACGUGGUCGGAAACUGCGGACGAUGUUUUAAGAGCGUCCUUCCGGGACGAUGUCCUCGGUCGUUCGUCUUUAAAAGAGUUUCUCGAUCUCGGCUACGAAGUUACGCUCUCCUUCGCGUGUGUUUUUACAGUUGGAUUGCGAAUUCGAAAGUAAAAUGAUUAUGUAUACGGUCGCGGAAGAUCACAUGGGCGAUAAUGAGAUCGCGCAGGUAAUUGCAUUUAUAUGCGGUAUCAUAGUGGUAUUGCUGAUGAUAAUGGGUCUGGCAUCGACUGACUGGCUGAUGGCUUUGGGAUGGAGACAGGGCUUGUUCGCUCAUUGUAUCGAGGAAGGUGCCCCCACACCACUUCCCUUUAACAUGCCUGAUCCUCCAGGAUGUUAUCCUGCAAGAGAUAGCGCUUAUAUAAAAGCAGCUGCAGCCUUAUGCGUAGUUUGUCUUCUAACAGACAUUGCUGCGACAAUUCUCACUGGUCUGGGUUUGCGCACACAGGAUCACAGAGACAAACACAAAUAUUAUAGAUUUGCAGUGUUUUGUAUGGCUCUUGCAUUGGUAUCUCUUUUGAUAGCACUGAUCAUAUAUCCCAUAUGUUUUGCAGCAGAAUUGAAUCUUGGAAAUCGAACUAAUUGGGAAUUUGGUUGGGCAUAUGGCGUUGGUUGGGGCGCAGUCAUUUUCUUGGUUGGUGGAGCAGUAUUGCUGUUAUGCGAGAAGGAAAGCGAAGAAAUUUAUUACAAGGAAAAGAAGACUGUUCGUGAUGAUAUAGGAAGUGGUGGUUCCAUGAUUGGCAUGGGACAUCACGCUGGACGAAGUGGAACGCAGCUAGCCUAG